AUGAAAUCGUCUGGUAAAGGUUCCGAACAGAGAAAUUUAGCAUACAUAGUGUCUGAUGAGGAGAAGAAAAACAGUGAAAAUAACGGGAUAUUGUAUCCUGUGGACACAGACAAAAAUUCUACAGAGAAAAACGAACCAACAGGUGAAAGUAAGGUUUACAAAAGGCGUUGGUAUGUUCUAGCAUUGUUUUGUGUUUUGACAUGUACGGAGACAACUGUAUGGAACACAUGGGGGCCUAUAGCAGCCUCUUGUGAGAGAGCCUUUGGCUGGAAUGUUUCCAUUAUGGCUCUUCUGCCCAACUGGUUACCUAUUUCCUUCGUGUUGUCAUCCUUCGUUUUUUCGUGGAUCGUUGAUGUGAAGGGAAUCAGAAUGGCAUGUCUCAUCGCAGCUGGUCUGAUAGCUGUUGGGUCAGGGGUCAGAUGUAUUACGUCAGAACCGCCAUAUGUUACGUGGACAGUCAAUAUUGGGCAAUUUUUUAAUGGUUUGGGUGGACCUGUUGCUAUGGGGAUAGCUCCGGUGUUAUCAGUUGCCUGGUUUCCUCCACGUCAACGGACAACAGCAACGGCAACAGCAACUGCCUUUAACUACCUUGGUGUGGCCGUAGCCUAUCUCAUAGGACCGUAUAUGGUUCCAGAGUCAGAUGAAAUAUCUAAAUCACAGAACCUUACAUGGAAUAACAGUAUGACAGGCUUGUCGGAGAACUUCCAAAAUGCUACUGAUAACGAUGACGCCGAAAUCCACAGAAUUCGUCACGACAUUAUGAUAAUGUUGUACAUAGAGUGUGGCUGGUGUGUGUUGAUUUUCCUACUGGUGUUACUGUAUUUCCCCGCCAAGCCAAAAUUGCCACCAAGCAUAUCCGCUUCGGUAGAGCGCCUCGAUUUCAAAUCUGGAUUUCGAGUAUUAGUCAGAAACAAGAUGUUCUGGAUGGUUGGACUAACGUAUGGUGUAUCUACUGGGGUGCUAGGCAUGUGGGAAGGCGUGCUGGACGUCAAUCUUAAACCCCAUGGAGUAACACAGCGUGAAGCAGGCUGGAUAGGGUUCUAUUCCAUAAUCGCCGGAAACGUUGGAGCAAUAUUGUUUGGCAAAUUUGCCGACGUAUUUUCCAAACAUAUGAAGAUGUUCCUCAUUGGUCUGUACGUUUUAGCAACCGCGGCAUUCCUUUGGCUGAAUCUCAUACUGAAUGGUGUGAUAGAAAAUUCUCUCAUCCAGAUUUACGCCUCCAUAAUUAUUGGAACUCUAUGUGUGAAUGCCUCGCCGCCAUUAUUCUUUGAGAUGGCGUGUGAGAAUUCCUACCCUGUCGCUGAAGGCAUCACCAACUUCGCUCUUACUUUGCUCUUCAACAUCGCAGGUUUAAUAUUCCUUGGCAUCCAGAUGGUACCUAAUAUUGGGACGGCCUGGGAGAAUUGGGUCCUGCUCGGCUCAGUUGUAGUGUCCAUUCCUGUACUCCUGGCCAUGAACGACACCUAUAAUCGGCUUAACAUGGACGAAGGCAGUAGCAACAAAAACCCUGACAAGAAGAUAACGCAUUGA